AUGGCCGCACCCAGGCCCGAUUUCGAGAAGCUUCAAGCUUCUCGACCGGAGUUUCGUGAUGCCGAGGUCACCUUCACCAAGCCCCCGAACCCAACAUGGAAACAAGGAGACGGCGCAAACGACGGUGGUGAAAGUCUGAAAAAGGAUCAUGUUGAGAUAGACCCAAAUGCAGAGGGGCGACCGGCUUCAUCCAACUAUAAGCUCUUGAUCUCCGGUAUGGUUCCACGACCCAUCGCCCUGAUCAGUACCAAGUCUACGGAUGGAAAGACCACCAACCUGGCUCCGUUCAGCUACGCACAACUCAUCAAUCACGAUCCACCGCUUUUUGUGGUUGGAAUUGUUGCUUCACUGGAGAAGCCCAAGGACACCUUGAAAAACCUCCAUGAGACGCAAGAAUGUGUUAUAAAUAUUAUAUCUGAGCACUUUCUCGAAGCUGCCAAUUCAACCUCUAUCAAUACCCCAUAUGGAACCUCUGAAUGGGAUGUUUCUGGUUUGCACCAGGCUCCAACCUCCGUGGUCAACCCUGCUCGUGUCAAGGAGUCUAUCCUGGCGAUUGAGGGCAAGCUGGUCGAGAUCAAGGAGUUUGAAAGCAAAUCAACUGGCAAAAAGACUAGUGCAAUGGCUAUUAUCGAGGGGGUCCGCUUCUGGGUGAGAGAGGAUGCUAUCGAUGAAGCUCAGACUGUGAUUGAUCUGAACAUUCUGAAGCCUGUCAGCCGGCUGGGUGGGAUUACAUAUGGCCGCACUACAGAUGUCAUUGAGCUCCCACGUCCUACAAUUUAG